AUGGAGAAGUCGUCAGAGAAGGAGGUAGCCAGUGCAAGAGAACAAGAUAUGGAGAUAUAUGAGAAAAGAAAGGGGCACGAGCAACUAGACGAGCAGCAGAGCAUCAUUUUGAUGAGAGCUUUUCCGGACAGCAAAACUCUGAGUAUUUAUGAAUCUCAAUUGCUAGCACUUCAGAUGAAGAUGUACUACGGAUUAAACAGCGGAUUGAAAUUCAACUUUGUGAGAAUGUUCAACAACAGUCCCUCGUCUUUUAGUUACAUGGAUUUAGUUCAAGAGUUUGAAAAUUAUAAAAAGGAUAUUCUGUUAAAAAGAGAACUAAUUGGAACUGCGGUUUAA